AUGCGCCCUCCUAUCAAGGAGGCAUGUCCACCGUCGGGCUUCCGGCCCACGCCGAUGAUUGUCCUUGAUAACGGCUUUCUGCCCAGAACCUUCGAUCUGGACACGAGAAUAGACAUGAAAAACAUCGUCCCCGAUGCAUAUUGGGCCUACCAGAAUCUCUCGACUUCUUACAACACUGGCGUCAGCGGAUAUGCAAUCGAUGUGUGCCUCGAGUACGAAUUUGGUUUCCUUCACGCCAAGGCUCAGAGAUUGAUCAACCUUGAAACUACAUGGCUCGAGGGACUAUUCCAUGCAUCUGGUCGUACCAUGGCACAAAAGCAUCUUGAAAAGCUACGCCGCCACGCCCGCGCGACACAGCUAGGGCCCGACUUUUUUGAUGCCAUCCGCCGCUGCCCCUACACCAUUAUGCCAAUCAACACGGGGAACCACUGGGAGGCAGUCCUCCUAUGUCUCCAAAGAGAUGAGGAUGGAAAGAAAGAUGGCUAUACCAAGGUAAGACAUGUAACGGUGAUUGACCCGGCGCGCGAUGCCGAUUCGGCCCCAAGGGUGGAAAAGCAGUUGAGACGUAUCCUGAAGCCCAAAGGAUUCACGUUUGCGACCAAGCGCUGCCGUCGCGACAUCACGGGGUCGCACCAACGGGACUCGCACUCAUGCGGACUGCACGUAUAUCAGACCGUCAAGACACUACUCCACCGAAUCGACGUCAUGGCGCGCGACGGCACGGCUGACAGCGGGAGCCCCGACGACGAUCGGCUCUGGGCGCCCAUGGACGGGAAGCGGUUCAUUGCUGAAAAGGUCCGGGCCAAGAUGCGAGGGAUCGCGGCCGAGGUAUUCCUGCGCGACUGCAAGGGAAAGGUCAGGGCCGUGUUUGUCCCGACCCGGCGCAUCGUGCCGCAUGGGUCGCGACAGUCUGUGAACGCAGCGACUAUACUGUAUCCCAAUUCGUCGUAUAAGACCAAGAUGGUAGAGACGGGAGUACCUUUGGAGCCCAGUAUAGGUAAGCGGAAAAGAAAUGUCAAUAACUUGGAUGAAGACGGUGACAAUCCUCUCGGGCUGAGUCCUGGGACUUUCUUAGAUAAAACCUCGCCGCAAUAA